AUGUCUGCUGCUCUAGUCGAGUCUGGCCCCGGCCAGGAGCGCAACGUCUUCGACAUCAUCCAGCACGGCCACAAGGACAUAGUGCAGGCCAUCGCCUUCAAUGCCUAUGGCGACCGGUGCGCCACCGGCUCCGUGGACGGCAAGAUCAGAGUAUUCAAUCGCCACAAGGACGGCACGUGGCGCCUGUGCGACCACUGGGGCGCGCACGGCGGAGAGAUACUAGAGCUGCAAUGGCUUCCUCCCACCAUCUACCCGAACCUACUAGCUUCACUCGGCAUCGAAGGCCGCUUCAAGCUCUGGGCCGAAGACCCCUCCGCCGCCCCUGGCCGCCGCUUCAGCUCGCGUGGCAGUAACGCGAAGGCGGCCGUUGAGCAGCGCUCUGGCAAGGCGCCCUACCGCUCCUUCUCGGUCAAAUACAACGACGAGACGCGACACACCUACUUUGCUCUGCUCGCCGCCGACGGCCACCUGACGGUCAACGAGAGCGAGGAGCCCGAGAUCCUGACCGACUCCGUCAAGGUCGACGACUUCCAGGCGUGCCCAAAGCCCAACAGAGGGGAGGAGACGUGCUUCAAGGUCACCUUUGACCCAAACCCGGAGGUCUGCUACAACGCCCUGCGCGCCGGUGUGCCUCCGGACGCGCUGAGCCUCGUCGUCGCAGGCAUGACUACGGUUCGACUGUUCCGCACGCGCGACAUCGUCACGAGCUCUUUCGGCGCGGCCGUCAAGGCGCGCGAGUUCUACCUCGCUGUCGAGAUCGAGGCACACAAGGGCCUGGUUCGUGAUGUAGCCUGGGCGCCGGGAAAUUUCCGCGGAUAUGACAUGAUUGCGACUGCCUGCCAGGACGGCUUUGUGCGGGUAUUCCGCAUCGACACGCCGUUUGACAAGGACGACGGCAAGACAUGGUCCGUGGCGGAUGUCACGGGAGGCGCAAAGUCUGAUGAGCAUGCGGGCGGCGGCGCGAAGAGCUCGGCGAGUCGAAAACAGAACCAGGCGGCCUCGGGGAUUAGGGCAGAACUGGACAAGUCCGGCAAUCAUGGGGAGCGGACAGCCACCGGCCAACCUGGACAGAUCCACCAUACUGUCAGGGAAUUGUCCAAGCUUGAUGCCCACAAGUCGCCAGUGUGGCGAGUCGACUUUGACGACGACGGCCAGAUCCUGGGCAGCGUGGGUGACGAGGGGAAGCUGAUGUGCUAUCGUCAGACCCCAGCUGGCACGUGGGCAAAGAGCUCGGAACUCGGCAUGAUGAAAGCGCGGAUGGCCACGCCUUAG